ACACACUAUUCCGCCCAAGUUUGAAGUAUCUAUGAAAUCACAAUUCCCAAUUGACGCUAGAAAAUGGGAUGAAAACCGAAGACGUAAACACUGUAGAUCCAAUUUGGGCAAAAGCUUCUUCCAAUUCUCACAUUUCCCGGGCGGCCACUCCUUAUAAUUACUAGCAGCGCCGCCGCACCCUCCUCCCUUAUUCGCCGUUGAGCUCGGGGACAAUCGAAUGGGCAAUCCGAAGCAGAAGUGGACCUCCGAGGAGGAGGAAGCGCUGCGCGCCGGCGUAGCGAAGCACGGCGCUGGAAAGUGGAAAAAUAUUCAGAGAGACCCCGAAUUCAACCACCUCCUCUUCUCUCGCUCCAACAUUGACCUCAAGGAUAAAUGGCGGAACUUGAGUGUAGCAAACGGCCAAGGGCCUAGAGAUAAAUCAAAGACACCAAAAACAAAGGCGAGCCCUGCUGAAUCCCCUGCAACUCCACUCCCUGCUGCACAGACCUCUGCCAUUGUUCCAUAUUCUCAGGAUAAGUCAGCUGAUGUAGUCAUGUUAGAUUCUUCAAAGCCCUUACCUGAAGGAAAUAGUGCUGCCAAGUAUAAUGCAAUGAUAUUUGAAGCAUUGUCUACUCUUAAAGAGCCAAAUGGAUCAGAUUCUGGUGCGAUCGCUACCUAUAUUGAGCAAAGGCAGGAAGUACCACAAAAUUUCAAGAGGGCAUUGAGUUCUAGAUUGAGGAGGCUUGUGCAACAAGAUAAACUUGAAAAGGUUCAGAAUUGCUACAGAAUUAAAAAUAAAGCUCAGUUAGAUACAAGAAUCCCCAUAACAAGACCGAAAGAGCUGCAGCCGCCCAGACAAGUCCAGAGCAUUGGUUAUCUAGGCAAUACAGUUGAGGAAGCAGCAGUGUCUGCUGCUUACAAAAUUGCAGAGGCUGAAAACAAAUCGUUUGUCGCUGCUGAAGCAGUGAAAGAGGCGGAAAGGGUUUCCAUGAUGGCUGAGGACAUGGAAUCGCUCCUCCAGUUCGCUUCAGAUUGUUUCGAUCAAAGUAUUAGCAGCAAACUCUACUUUCUUCUUAUCUCAUUUCAGGAUAACUAUAAUGCAAAUAUAUCUGUUCUUGUUGUGUAGUUCUAUGAUCAUAAUACACCUGCGUUUUAUCUUCAUGCUGGCAGGUGCACGAGGCGAAAUUAUUCUGAUGGCAUAGGAUCUACACUAGAGAAAUUUCGAUCCCCUUAUUUCAGAAACUUGUAAAUAACUAAGCAGUUGCUGUAUUUUUGUAGACGAAGUGUGUGUGUAAGUGUGUGUACUUGAUUCAUUUACCAGAAAAUGAAAAGAUUUUUCAAGCUCGUAUUGGAGCUUAUUAAA